UGAUCUGAUCUCCUUUCAAGGGAGAGGCUGAGAGAGGCAGCUUCAGGGGAUUUAGCACUAGCAACAGCACAUGAUCCAUCAGUCGCGUGAUUCUCACCACUGAAGGCUAAUGGGAAGGAUCAAGUAAAAGCUAAAGCUCCCUUGUAGAAGCAACAGCAAUUUUUUCUGCUCCUUCUCUUCUACCACCAACCAGACCUCCCAUGGCUUCUCCCAGGCUAGAGACCUACUGCUGUCCCAACCGGGAUGCAGCCACGCAACUGGUGCUGACUUUCCAGCCUGAGGUUUUCUGUGGAGUUUGCAUUGGCAGUGCCUCAGUCAGUCUGCUGCUCAGCAUCCUGCAGCUCCUUCCCAAGCAGGGACAGAGUCCCCGGAAGAUGCCAAAAGCUUCAUCCUCAACCAUUCUUCUCCUCAUCUCCGUUUGUGACAUCCUGGGUGGCCUAGGUAUAAUCUUCAGAUCAACUGUAUGGAUAGGCUUCCCAGACUUCAUAGCAAACAUCUCUGUGGUGAAUGGAACUGAUGUGUGGCCUUCUGCCUUCUGUGUGGGAAGUGCAAUGUGGAUCCAGCUCUUGUACAGUGCUGGCUUCUGGUGGCUGUUUUGCUAUGCUGUAGAUUCCUACUUGGUGGUUAGAAGAUCAGCAGGGCUAAGUACAAUUGUGUUGUACCACAUGAUGACAUGGGGCCUGGCAAUCCUGCUGUGUGUGGAGGGAAUUGCCAUGCUUUACUACCCUUCCGUUGCUAGUUGUGAAAAUGGCCUGCAGCAUGCAAUUCCUCAUUACAUCACUACCUAUGCCCCACUUCUGCUAGUUUUGGUGGCCAAUCCAAUCCUCUUUAGAAGGACGGUAACAGGAGUUGCCUCAUUGCUCAAAGGAAGACAAGGAAUCUACACAGAGAAUGAAAGACGCCUGGGGACGGAGAUUCAGCUCCGCUUUUUCAAAAUUAUGCUGGUGUUCAUUAUAUGCUGGUUACCGAAUAUCGUCAAUGAGAGCCUGUUGUUCUACCUUGAAAUGCAGCCAGAUAUCAAUGGAAGUCCCCUGAAAAAUGUUAGAAAUGCUGCACUGAUCACAUGGAUUAUAAUGGGAGUGCUGAAUCCAAUGCAAGGCUUUCUCUUCACACUCACUUUUUAUGGCUGGACCGGGUGGAAACUGAACCUGAAAUGGCAAAAGAGAGAAAUACCGUGGGAAUCAAUGUCCACAUCAGCUGUUGCUGACAAUGGCUACCCUUCUGCCAUUGGCUCCUCUGUGAACUACCAAAGCAACAUCCACGACUCGAAGAAGACAACAGCAGCCAGCAGCCAGCAGACUGACGAGGCCUUAAGCAUGCUCUCUGAAGGUAACACUACCAAUGAUGACAGGUUAUCCAGAAACUCUCCUAUCUACCAGGGCUGGUAGUUUGCAUCUGCAUAAAGCUUAAUGUUAUCUCUCCCAUUGCCAUGACCCUUGAUUAACCACUGCAUGGAGUGCAUCACUAUUUGCUCCAGGGUUUGGUUGGGGCCUUGUCAUCUGUCACAUCCUAUAUAUUUCCUGGAGGCAUAAAUGAUAACUUAUGUCUUCAGUCCUCUUGUAGGGAGUGUGGGAGAAGAUGAUACUGUUUGAUGAAUGCCUGAUUGCUUUCCAUUGUGUUGGCAGCAGUCUCUUUGAAGCUCAGUGUUUCUUAAUUAACCUCAUUGAUUUCUUUUUGUACAUUUUUGUUUUAACCUCUCUUGCCACCUGUACCUCAGCAGAAUAUUCUUUUGUUUAAUAAACAAAUUACUAUUG